AUGUCAUCGUUGUCGUUGUCGUCGUCGUCAUCGCCGGAACUCACAAAGUGGAUGCGCUCUGCCAACCGUUUCACAUGCGCUGGUCGUGUCCAGAUCCGGAAUGAGAAAGCGGUGUAUAAGCUCGCGUUCUCCCCCGACGGAAAAUCACUGGCUUGUGGAGGGGAGUUCGGUUUCCAUGUGGUAUGCGUCGAGACGGCGUCUAUUCAAGGGGGUACUCCAGUAUACGACCCACGGGUCUACGGAGCGGUGAUGGCCAUCGAGUGGAUCGGCGAUACGCUCGUGUUAGGCACCGCAUAUGGCUACAUCAAAAUCUGGGGACAGCGAGAGGGUGCGCUCCAGGAGUGGCAUACUAUUCGUGUUGCAGAAGGGACGGAGGUUACCUCCCUCGCAACGCGCGGGCAACCAGCCCAGUUCAAGCUGGCGAUUGCCACAAGGGACCGUGUUAACGCACUGUUCGAUAUUACACCCCUCGCCGUGAUGGAGGUCUACGCUGUGCAGAUGGAGAAGACGGUCGCCAGGACGGUCGCGUUCUCUGGGGACCAGGAUAUCUUUGUCCUCGGGAUGUUCGAUGGCAUGAUUUACACGAUCCGUAAUGAGGAGGGGGAGGUCAAAGUUGGCACGCCGCGUCAGGUGUGCAGGGUAAUAGGUAACGGAACUUUUGACGUGGAACGCGGAGAAGUACUUGUCGACAACACGGACGCCUUUGCGGUUCAUAGCACCGAAACGGGAAGCUGCCUUAACGUCUUCUCGACGGGGCGACCAACACGAAGGGUUCCGAAGCAAGCCGUUUUUGGAGAGCGAGGGCAAACAGUGGUUGUGGGGAGCGACCACGGCGAUGUAUACGUGUUCGAAAGGGCUGGGGGACAUCCGCAGGCAAUCCUCCAUCACGGGGAGAGCGGAUACACGCAAACAGUCGCGACAUUUGCAGAUGACCAAGAAUCCUUGGUUGCAUGUGGGACAUCGAGUAGCGGAUUGCCAAGCUCGAUAUCGAUAUGGAAGGGUAAACUGGUGAAGCCAUUGGAGCAGCAGCCGCCGCCGAAGACACGGUCCAUAACAAACGUGGCGCGAGGGAUUAGCGAUAUCAUAAAGACAAUGGGGAGUUGGCUUUUCGCCAUCUGGAUGAUAUAUAAGAUGUUGGAAACGCAGCCUGGGUCAGAUAUCAAGUCAUACUGGCAGGGAACUGUGCGACCAGCAUUGCUCGGCGUUCUAAGGAUGGACGAGGAUGUUACCGGGACGCUAGAUGUCUACCGUAUGUUUCACAGGAGGAUGGGUAUGGACACUAGCGCGGCCGGAUGUCUACCGUGGUUCGCGGACCACACCGCGAACAUCACGGAAAUGGGCCGAUGGAAGAUGCAGAAAGUGUCUAUCCUGCCCUGCAACGAGGAAGGCGAGGGGGAUGGCGACGAGGAUGGCAAGGAGGAUGGCCACGAGGAUGGCAACGAGGAUGGCCACGAGGAUGGCAACGAGGAUGGCAACGAGGAGAGCGACGACAGCGAUAACAGCGACAACAGCGACGACCUCCACGAGGACGACAGGGCUGCGCUCGCGAUCCACAUCGCGAGGCGGGUUGAACGAAAGGAAUUGGCUAAGCAUAAGGCAACGGCGAGGACGGCGCCGAGGAAGGCGAAGGUUGAGGCCAGGGAAGAUGAGCGGCGAAGUCCAAACAAAUUAAAGGGUGAUGUGAUAAAUGCCGCGUCGUGUGCUCGUGAUCCACAUCGCGAGGCGGGCUGA